AUGGACAAGACGACAACAAAGUCUGGCUGGGCGGCUUGGACCGCCAAAAAGAAGGUUUUUGUCGCCUCUAUCGUUGCCCUUAUUAUCGUCGCACUUGGUGUCGGACUCGGUGUUGGUCUGGGUGUCGGUUUGAAUAACGGAGGCAGCGGAGAAGGUGAAGGUAGUGGCAGUGGAAGCGGCGGCACUGGCACCGGUGGAAAUGGAACUACCAGCGGCAACGCGACAGUGAAAUGGCAACCAGAAGUGGGUGUCAAAUGGCAGAUUGAGCUCCUCUAUGCUCUCAACGACACUUCGGUGGACGCUGAAGUCUACGAUAUCGACCUCUUCGACAACGAUAAGUCGAUGAUCUCGAAGCUUCAGGGCCUCGACCGCAAGGUCAUCUGCUACUUCUCUGCCGGGACGUACGAGCAGUGGCGCUCUGAUGCCAAUCAGUUUCAAUCCUCCGACCUGGGUAGCGAUCUUGCUGACUGGCCGGGUGAAAAAUGGCUCGACACAAACUCCAAUAGUGUGCGCAAGAUCAUGCAAACCCGUCUUGACCUAGCAGUGACCAAGGGUUGUGAUGGUGUUGACCCCGACAACAUUGACGCCUAUGACAACUCAAACGGGCUCAAGUUGACAAAAGAUGACGCAAUUAACUACGUGAAUUGGCUCGCUGGUCAGGCGCACGGUCGCAAUCUGUCCAUGGGUCUUAAGAACGGUGGCGCCAUUAUCGAUGCAGUCAUCGACAAUAUGCAGUGGUCUGUCAACGAGCAAUGCGCUCAGUAUUCAGAAUGCGAUACCUAUGCCGCAUUCACGGACGCCAACAAGCCUGUCUUCCACAUCGAAUAUCCCAAAGGAGAUAAUACCAAUAACAAUCAAGCCGUCACCACUUCGCAAAAAUCCUCGGCUUGCAAUGCUGCCAGUGCUGGCAACUUCUCCACUGUCAUUAAAAAUAUGGAUCUGGACAAUUGGGUGGAAUACUGUUGA